AUGUCUAGUAAUGCGCUGCCGAGGCUCACCAAACGUGAAGUACUGGCGGUGAGUUUCGUGCCCAUCAUUGCACUCCUGGUGUUCAUUUUUGUCGGGUUGAUUCGCUUUCUCCUAUAUAGGGACCGCAAGAGUAGUUGUCGUGGUACUUCCGGGACAAUUAGUCCUCUCCCACCGCCCGAGCCAGUCCUGAGACCUGAAGAGGCCGAAAUUGAAAACCCACCACCUCCACCUUACCAGCCAGACAAGCUUCCACCAUACCCUACGGCCCCGGCCCCCGCAUACUUGAGAGACGAGCGAGCGGAGAGCUAG